UGGCGCAGGCGCAGUGCUGCCGGCGCCCGCCGCUCUGCUUUCCUGGGGCCGGCCCAGUCGGUUCCGUCUCCUCUUCCUGCUUCGCCCAUGUUGGAGGAGACGUCCAGCAGCCCUUCAGCGAAGAUGGGAGGAGAGGAGAAGGCGGUAAGUGCCAAUGAGGAGAAGCGAAAGGAAGGGGGCAAGAAGAACAAAAAAGAAGGAUCUGGGGAUGGAGGACGAGCAGAGUUGGAUCCUUGGCCUGAAUAUAUUAACACACGUCUUGAGAUGUACAAUAAACUAAAAGCAGAACAUGAUUCCAUUCUGGCAGAAAGGGCAGAAAAAGCCAGCAAGCCAAUUAAAAUUACUUUGCCGGAUGGUAAACAGGUUGACGGGGCAUCCUGGAAAACCACACCGUACCAAAUCGCUUGUGGAAUUAGUCAAGGCUUGGCUGACAACACCGUUAUUGCGAAAGUGAAUAAGGCUGUUUGGGACCUAGACCGUCCACUGGAGGAAGACUGUACCUUGGAGCUUCUCAAGUUUGAGGAUGAAGAAGCUCAAGCAGUAUAUUGGCACUCUAGUGCUCACAUAAUGGGUGAGGCCAUGGAAAGAGUAUAUGGUGGAUGUUUGUGUUAUGGACCACCAAUAGAAAAUGGAUUCUAUUAUGACAUGUACCUUGAGGAAGGGGGUGUGUCCAGCAAUGAUUUCUCUUCUUUGGAGACUUUAUGUAAGAAAAUCAUUAAAGAAAAACAAGCCUUUGAAAGAUUGGAAGUUAAGAAAGAAACUUUGUUGGAAAUGUUCAAGUACAACAAGUUCAAAUGCCGGAUAUUGAAUGAGAAAGUGAAUACUCCCACUACCACAGUUUAUAGGUGUGGUCCCUUGAUAGAUCUCUGCCGGGGUCCACAUGUCAGACAUACUGGCAAAAUUAAGACUUUAAAAAUACACAAAAAUUCCUCUACGUACUGGGAAGGUAAAGCAGAUAUGGAGACACUCCAGAGAAUUUAUGGCAUUUCAUUUCCGGAUCCUAAAAUGUUGAAGGAGUGGGAGAAGUUCCAAGAGGAAGCUAAAAACCGAGAUCAUCGGAAAAUUGGGAGGGACCAGGAAUUGUAUUUCUUCCAUGAACUCAGCCCCGGAAGUUGCUUUUUCCUGCCAAAGGGAGCGUACAUUUAUAAUACACUAAUGGAAUUCAUCAGGAGUGAAUAUAGAAAACGAGGAUUCCAGGAGGUGGUCACCCCAAACAUCUACAACAGCCGACUCUGGAUGACCUCAGGCCACUGGCAGCACUACAGCGAUAAUAUGUUCUCCUUUGAGGUGGAGAAGGAGCUGUUUGCUCUGAAACCCAUGAACUGCCCGGGACACUGCCUUAUGUUUGAUCAUCGGCCAAGAUCCUGGCGAGAGUUGCCUCUGCGACUAGCAGAUUUUGGGGUACUUCACAGAAAUGAGCUCUCAGGCGCCCUCACAGGACUCACCCGAGUACGAAGAUUCCAACAGGAUGAUGCACAUAUAUUCUGUGCCAUAGAGCAGAUUGAGGAUGAAAUAAAGGGUUGUUUGGAUUUUCUGCGCACAGUAUAUAGCAUAUUUGGAUUUUCUUUUAAACUUAACCUGUCUACUCGCCCAGAAAAAUUCCUCGGAGAUAUUGAAGUAUGGAAUCAAGCUGAGAAACAACUUGAAAACAGUCUGAAUGAAUUUGGAGAAAAGUGGGAGUUAAACCCUGGAGAUGGAGCUUUCUAUGGUCCAAAGAUUGACAUACAAAUUAAAGAUGCAAUCGGUCGCUACCAUCAGUGUGCAACGAUUCAGUUGGAUUUUCAGUUGCCCAUCAGAUUUAAUCUUACUUUUGUAAGCCAUGAUGGUGAUGAUAAGAAAAGGCCAGUGAUUGUCCACAGGGCCAUCUUGGGGUCAGUAGAAAGAAUGAUUGCUAUCCUCACUGAAAACUAUGGCGGCAAAUGGCCCUUCUGGCUGUCUCCUCGUCAGGUAAUGGUAGUUCCAGUGGGACCAACAUGUGAUGAAUAUGCCCAGAAGGUACGGCAGCAAUUCCAUGAUGCUAAAUUCAUGGCGGACAUCGAUCUGGAUCCUGGCUGUACAUUAAAUAAAAAGAUCAGAAACGCACAGUUAGCCCAAUAUAAUUUCAUCCUAGUUGUUGGUGAAAAAGAGAAAACUAGUGGCACCGUUAAUAUUCGCACAAGAGAUAAUAAAGUGCAUGGAGAGCGCACUAUUUCAGAAACCAUUGAGAGGCUGCAGCAGCUAAAGCAGUCCCGCAACAAACAGGCGGAAGAAGAAUUUUAAUGAAGAACUUCGCCCAUAUUGGCUGAAUGUAAAAGACUGAACUGUGUUUCCAUAGUACUAACUUUGUACCAUGGGAAAUACCAUUUUAUUCUGAAUUUGGAAUAGUUUUGCAAAAUCUACAUAGGUAGCUACAUAGGUUAACAAGGGGCUCAACCUUUUGAUCUAGACAGGUAUUAGACAAUGUAUACUUGAAGGAUAUAAUUAAAAGAGAUGCAUUAAAAUGAUUGUACUCCUUAAAUAUCUGAGCCCUGGCGAUAAAACAUGAGGAAUGUGGGAGAACGUUUUACGAAUUGAAUGCAGUUGAAUAAAUUCUUCAAAUUUAAUUCAGGUAAAAGAAAAAUUAGAUUUAUUGUGUAAAAAUAAAAACUUUCGUUGAUGUAUGUGUCAUGACUAUUCAUUGCAUACACUCUCCUACUUGGAACAAAUUGCAUGAUUUAAAUGAUAAAAGAUGGGCAAUGGGGGGCAAAUCUACAGUGUUUACUACUCUCACACCAUAGUCUGAGCUGAAUGCCUGCUUCUCAGUAUUCACAGUGUAACAUCUUUUACCGAGAUAAUAAUUUGUGGAUGCAAACCUUUUAAAACAAAGCCCACCACUGAUAUAAUAGGGUAG